CCGGCCGCCGUGUUGCUGGGCCAGGCGCGGCUGCGGGAGGAGGCGGCCGCCCGGCUGCGCGAGGCGCCCUCGGCCGAGCCGCUGCUCUCCCGCCACCACGGCGCCCUGGUGCGCUGGCUGGAGGAACGCCUGGGCCGCGGCGAGCAGGUCGUCAGCAUCGAGCAGCUCUGCGAAGCCCUCGAGAGCCGCGCCGGGCCCACGCAGGGCGCAGCCGCCGCCGCCGCCGGCGGGGGGACCGGAGGAGGAGGAGCCGCAGGGUCGGGGGCCGCCGCCGAGGAGCGGGCGAGGAACGAAGAGGUCAGUGCGGGGGCUGGGGGUGCGGGGAGCGCCGGCCUCGGGUCCUGGGCCCUCCCCGUGUCUCUCUCCGGACGGGCCCGAGCCCGGAGGGCGAACACGGGCCCUGCGAGCCAGACGCCGCGCCCGCUUGUGGCUCCUGGGAGAGCUUUGCGUCAAUCAAGGCGGCAGGCCGCGGGGUUUGAUACCGAGGGAGAUGGCACGGUGGAUGUGGAGAAUAUGCUGGAGCUUCUCAAGACCUCCAGUGGAGCCAAUCUGCAAGGAGAGCUUAGUCAUGUGAUCAGGCAGCUGCAGGCCUGUUCACUUGUUCCAGGUUUUAUAGACAUAUUUUCUGAAUCGAAGGAGUGCCGUAGCCUUCAUGCUUCCAUGCUUCUGAGAUUCCUGCACCGGAACCGUAUCGCCAGCUCUGUCAUCCCAUAUCCAGUUUUGGAGUACUUCAACAACAUUUGCAAUAUGCGUUCUUCUGUACUGAAGGAUUCCUUAGAUCGGCUUAUCUUAAAAGAAAAAGAAUGCCCUAAUGACUUAAACGGAAACCAGGAGUUGGACAAACUUAAAUCUGUUUCCAAGUGUUACACUCACAUAGAAACCUCCUCCAACUCAGCUGAUAUUGACAAAAUGACCAAUGGGGAAACUUCCUCCUUCUGGCAGUCCGAUGGGAGCGCCCGUUCACACUGGAUACGUUUAAAGAUGAAACCAGACGUCAUUCUGAGGCACCUCUCCAUUGCAGUUGCAGCGAACGACCAGAGUUACAUGCCGCAGCAAGUCACAGUAGCAGUUGGAAGGACUGCCAGCAAUCUUCAGGAGGUCCGCGAUGUUCACAUUCCAAGCAAUGUCACCGGCUACGUGACAUUGUUGGAAAACGCUAACAUUAGUCAGAUGUAUGUGCAGAUAAACAUCAAACGUUGCCUUAGCGAUGGAUGCGAUACCAGAAUUCACGGGCUCAGAGCUAUCGGCUACCAGAGAGUGAGGAAGGGCGGGGUCUCGGUCUGUGACGCUUCAGCGAUCUGGUACUGGUCGCUCUUGACUUCCUUGGUGACGGCUUCCAUGGAAACAAAUCCAGCGAUUGUCCACACCAUCUUGCAAAAUACCCAGAAAGCCCUGCAGCAUAUGCCACCACUGUCUCUGUCGCCCGGUUCCACGGACUUCUCAAGUUUUUUGUCUCCUAAUGUUUUGGAAGAAGUAGACAGUUUCCUCCUCAGAAUUACCAGUUGUUGUGCUUCUCCGGAGGUAGAGCUCACAACGUUGGCAUUUGCUCUCGCCAGAGGGAGCAUUGCUAAAGUGCUGAGCUCACUCUGCACGAUUUCUGACCAUCUGGAAACGCCGUACAAAGCUGCAUCUCUCAUCGCUUCCAUGGCCACAGUCCGACAAAACCUGCUCUAUAAAUAUGGAACGCCUCUGCGGCUGACUUUGCAAGCCUGUGACGUCAAAGGAAAGGAGGACAAAUCCGGACCCGAAAACCUCCUUGUGGAGCCUUGGACGGGGGAUGGCUUCCUUACAGAGACUGGGAAGACUCGGGCAAGCGUGAUCCUUUCUACGGGGACGGAUUCAGCUUUCCAGGUCACACAGAUCAGAAUAAAGGUGCGGAGAGGAGCCAUCGGGGCCCGGUGUGGGUUAGUGUUUGCUUAUAACUGCUCUUCAGAAAAAUUUCACGCAGAGGAGCAUUUUAAAAGAUUUGAAAACUAUGACAAGUGGAAGCUAGAGGACUUCCGGCAGUUUUUAAAAAUCAGAAGCGGCACUUCUCGUGACGAACUGGGAGAGGAGGAUCCUGUUGGCUGGUUUGAAAUGGAAGAGGAAUGGGACGAAGUGGAAGUCAAGAUGCAGCAGUGCAGAAUUUCCCAAUAUCUGAUGGUCAAGUUCCUGUGCACAAGGCAAGAAAAGGCCGAGAGGCUUGGAGUGCAAGGUUUGAGUCUCUUUGGGUACCUUCGGCCUGCGUUAGCAGAGCCCAGCAGAAGCAUGAUUUGUGUGAAGUGCGGCAAAACAAAAGGAGAUACCGUCUGUGGAACGACUCUUCUCCUAAAGACUCUGUGUUUCAUCCAACAGCUUGCACAGGAUUUGGCACAGAAGAAAGAGAGUGGUCUAAGGUACAGAUCAUACCUGGAUUUUGGAGGCCUUGAUUUAAACCUGUUUUGGGAUUUCUACAGCAGACUUCACCAAAACCCACGCGAGGAGUGCAUUGAAGCCCAAACCAUGAUACUGCGGCUUCUGCAGAGCUGCUUCUCAGUGCUCACUGCAGACAGCAAAACCACAAAUUCUCAGGAAAACGCACAGAGCAAAAAGCCUGACGGCACACAAGCAGCUGAGGCACUCUACAAGCAUCUUUGUGAAGUGGUAGACAGGAGAGAUGGUGAGUCCAUGCCACUAAAGAUCUUGAAGCGGGAAGUCAACAACACACUACUCAACGGCGCAGCCAUCUUCUUCCCCGAGAGGCAUACCCGACGGGAGCAGCUCUUUGCAAUGAUGAAAAACAUCACCGAGCAGGAACACAAGCCAUCUGCCCAUCUCGCUUUCAAAUCCCUCUGCACAUAUUUCAGCGAUCAGGAUCCUGGUGGACUUUUGCUCUUACCAGAGAAGGGAACUUCUGCAGACCUGGAUGUUGGUCAAGUGCUAUCAGUGAUGGAGACUCUUCUGUUGGUGGCAUCGAGAGAGUGUGACAUGCUGAUGUUGGGUAUGGCCCAGCAAGACAGCAGUUCCGUCCUCUCAUCCUUAUUCUGGUCUGUACAAGGCAGCCUCCUUUCCUGGUGCUACUUGCAGCUCAAAGGCAGUGACUCGGCACCAAAGAACCUCGCCACAGAAAUCCUUACAAAAUAUGUACAGCUGUUCCUGUCAAGCAUCAGGAAAAUUUUAGAAUCUCUCCUGGCCCACCAUAAUGGAAAGAUCAUAAUGGAAAAAUUAAGCAACUCUGUCUUUGCGAUGGUAACUCGCCAGCUGAUGACCGUCCUGCAGGACUUCUGCGCUUUAGACAUUCCACACUGUGCCCUGCUGCAGGAUAUCAGCACCUUGACAAAGCAACUGAACGACCUGUCGAUGGAGCCUGGAGAGAAUCAGGAUAAGGUGGACCUGGAUAGCUGGCAGCAAGAGCAACCAGUGGUGCUGCGAACAUGGACUAUGGAAUCGCCCCAUAACUAUGACAACAACUGCCAUGAUGUCACUGUCUUCCUUUGUCCGGGGGCAACUUACUUCGAGGUGGAAUUUGACGAACGAUGUGAAACGGAGAGGAGGUAUGACUAUCUGGAGUUUACCGAUGCCAGAGGAGCAAAAACUCGGUAUGAUACAAAAGUUGGCACAGACAAGUGGCCCAAGAAAGUGACCUUUAAGGCUGGCCCACGGCUGCAGUUUCUCUUUCACUCUGACAGCAGUAACAAUGAGUGGGGCUACAAGUUCUCCGUCACGGCAUAUGGCCUGCCGGACAUCGCUGUUUCUUGGGGCCUGGAUCUGCAACUUCUCGUGGCCAGGCUUAUGGGACGCUUGGCUUCUCAGAGUAUGGUGCUGAAGUCUGUACAGGGAAAUGAAACAGAACUGUCUUCUGCAAAAGUGACAGCUGUUCUUAAUUCUCCUCUCUGGAAACCUGUCUUCAGGCAGCAGACGUGUCCCGAACAGGCUCUGGGAGCAAGUGUGCCUGGCCAAACUAACCAAGGCAACACAGAGGGCCUCAACUCUCACGUCAGUGACUGUCAUAAAUUUCUCCUUGAUUUCGCAAAAUCAGACCCUGCCCAGGAGUUCAGUGGGCCAAACUCUGAGCUUUUCAAAGGACUCAUACAGGCAUGUAAAAAGCAGGCCCCCAAGAUCACCAGCGGAGGCAAAGCACUUUUGAGUGAUGAGUUUGCACAAGUAUAUUCCCUAGCUGAUGGGAUCAGAAUAUGGAUGCUAGAAAUGAAGCAGAAGUCCCUCGUGGACCAGGGAAGUGACCGGGAAGAGAAGCCGGCUGGGGAGGCAAGCGAGGUGAACCCAGAAACUCUUGCACAGCAGUGCAUCCAGAAGAGCCUUUUAUUGCUGAAUUUCCUACCCGCAAGGACCAAGGCAGAAAGCCAUGACUCCGAUAGCAUGGAGGACUUUGGACAGUGCCACAAAGACAAGCGCCGAAGGACAAGCUCUGUGAUCGAAGCGGACUUUCAGGCUGCAGAUGCAGCACCUGCCUGCAGGAUGACCGGUUCUGCCUCCCCAGAGGGCAGUCAAGCAGGAGAUGUAAGAAAGCAAUCCCCGGAUUCACCACAGGCAGAAAAAGCCUCGGCCUCCCCAAGCAAACCGCUCGAUAGCGGUGCCUCGCAGCCAGAUGACGCCUCGUCCCCUCCCUCCACUCCCACACGCAAGCCUCCGUUUAGCCGUGGAAGGCUACGGCUUCUCUCUUUCCGUUCGAUGGAAGAGCCCAAAGCCACACCCAGCAUCAAGGAGAAAUACCCUAUCCUGAAGCAUGUCUUAGAUUUCAUUAAGGACCCGUCUCUUUGUCACGGAAGUGUGUUGGAGGUUCUUGCUUUAAGAAAAGCUCAAGCCAAAGAUAUCUUGGAAGUCCUGAAGACAAUUCACCAGUGCCUAAAAUCUCUCGGCCAACCUCACUGUUUCCUCCCACGCUGCAUUCUUUUUCUGUUGGAACUCCUUGCUUGCCAAAAAGACUUCACAAAUUACUUCGGACACCUCGAAGGUUGCGGUGCUGAGCUACAUCAAGAAAUACGGGAAUCUUACUACCAGCUGCUUUUCUUUUUGGUCGAUGCCGUCAAAGGAUUUAGCAGCCUCGAUGAUGACAAAUCACUGCUCCCUGCCUUGUCCUGUGUGCAAGCAUCCAUCCUUCACCUCUUGGAUAUGGGUUGGGAGCCCCGCGACCUUUCCUUCUUCAUUGAAAUACAGCUGCCACAGCUCCUCAUGACCAUGUCACAGGAAAACAUAAGUACCUACGACAGUAUCAUUUGUCAGUGGAGCGAAGAAGACGAAAUUGCAGACUACAGACAGAACUCGGAGUGGAUGGAUGAGUGCCAAGAUGGAAUCUUUGAGGCCUGGUGUGACAAGAUAAGCCAAGCGGAUCCAGAGAAGCAGAGAAAGAUGCAUAUGUUCAUUGCCCGCUACUGCGAUCUGUUGCAUGUCGACAUAUCGUGCGAUGGGUGUGAUGAGAUUGCGCCCUGGCACCGUUACCGCUGCUUGCAGUGCAAUGAUAUGGAUCUUUGUAAGACAUGCUUCUUGGGUGGAGUGAAACCCGAAGGUCACGAGGACAGCCACGAAAUGGUUAACAUGGAGUAUGCCUGCGAUCACUGCCGAGGGAUCAUCGUGGGCCAGCGUAUUAAUUGUAACGUGUGCGAAGACUUUGACUUCUGCCUCGGGUGUUACUCUGCCAAGAAGUACUCUGAUAGCCACCUUCCCACCCACAGCAUCACGGUGUAUCCGAUGGUGACCCUUCGACUCAGUAAUCAGCACAGGCUCAUCCAGCCGUACCUCCACAACUACUCCUGGCUGCUGUUUGCUGCUUUGACGCUCUACAGCGCGGACUUGGCAAGCGGCGAGGAAGUGGCAGGCGAGGCGCUUGACCCCGCGGUGGUCUCCCACGCCCGAGCCCUGCAGCAGGAGUGCAUUCGCCUUAUCGGGGAUUGCCUGGUGAAAGCCCAGCAUGGAAAAGGUGUGAAAGCUCUAGCUCUGCUCAACGUGUUCCCAGAGGGUGAAUCUUUGUCUGAAAAUGUGAUGCCAUCUAUUGAUUAUUCCACAGACAGUAACACGCACAGCCACACUAGCACAGAAGGCAAGGACAGCAGUAAGGCAGCACCAGCAUCUCUCACCCAUUUCAAUGGGAAUGGAAAUGCUAACGAAAUUCAGGCCUCUGUAGAUACCAAACAAGAAGGGAAACCGAAAAUGAAGACAGAGCCUUCCAAUGGCCUUCCACCAAAGAAAGAGGAGAGUUCACAAGACAGAGAGGCACUUGCACUGAAACCUGACUUGGCUGCAAAAGAGGAGGGGGUAUCUCCAGAGCUACCGGAUGCUCAAGUUGCCAAAGUUCUGCCUCCGAAACCAGCUGAUGAAAAGAUGACACUGAGCCAAGAACAGGCCUUCGCGGAAUGUUCCCAGAAGAGGAUUCUUGGCUUGCUGGCAGCCAUGUUGCCUCCCUUGAAAUCAGGCUCGGCGGCGUCCCUAAUUAACCUGGACCAGAUCCUCCCCCUCAUGUUUCAAGUUGUCAUCUCCAACGCUGGCCAUUUGAACGAAACCUACCACUUGACCUUGGGGCUCCUGGGCCAACUGGUUCGGAGGCUGACUCCUGCCGAAGUGGAUGCUGCCGUGACCAAGGUCCUCUCAGCUAAGCACAGCCUCGUCGCCGCCGGAGAUGGCUCCACGGUGCCGGAAGGCUGGAAGACGACCCAUCUCCUUUUCAGCCUGGGAGCCGUCUGCUUGGAUAGCCGUGUAGGCCUAGACUGGGCGUGCACCAUGGCAGACAUCCUUCGAGCGCUGAAUUCCUCCACCCAGUGGCAUGGGGUGAUUGCCACUUUCACAGACCAUUGCAUCAAACAGCUGCCCUUCCAGUUGAAGCACACGAACAUCUUCACCUUAUUGGUACUCGUUGGCUUUCCAGAGGUUCUGUGCAUGGGCACUCGUUCGGUGUACAUGGAUAAUGCAAACGAAGCCCACAACGUGAUCAUUCUAAAGCACUUCACAGAGAAGAACAGGGCAGUGGUUGUGGAUGUCAAAACCCGAAAAAGGAAAUCAGUGAAAGACUACCAGCUAGUUCAGAAGUGUGGCCAAGAUGACAGCGAAUCGCAGGGCCAGCUGUGCCAAUACCUCCAGCAUUUUGUUUUCAUAACCAGCCACCUUCUCCAGACAAGCAUCGACAGCAGCUUUGCCGAGGCAGUGGAAGCAUCCUGGGUCUUGUCUCUGGCUCUGAAGGGACUUCACAGAACGCUCAAGAUGCAUGCCUUCGAAGAAAUCCGCACUGCCUUCCUUCAGACGGGCUUGCUUAAGCUGCUGGUGAAGAAGUGCAGCAAAGGAACCGGCUUCAGCAAGACGUGGCUUCUCCGAGACCUAGAGAUCUUGUCAAUCAUGCUUUACUCCUCCAAAAAGGAGAUAAGCUCCCUAGCUGAGCGGAAGGACCCAAGACUGGAGGACAGGGAUGAGGAGCCGGCGGUGGAUCAGUCUGUCGUCAUUUCUACUGAGGCAGACCAGAACCGGCCUGACCCCCUGGAGGGCUUGGACGAAGCCACCAAAAUCUGCUUCCUGAUGACGCACGAUGCUCUCGACGCCCCUCUGCAUAUCCUUCGGGCCAUGUAUGAAUUGCAGAUGAAGAGAACAGAUUCUUUCUUCCUGGAGGUUCAGAAGAGAUUUGAUGGGGAUGUAGUCACCACUGAUGAGAGGAUCCGAACCCUGGCUCAGAAAUGGCAGCCCAGCAAGCGCUUGCGCACAGAGGAACAGAGUUCCAAAGCAGUAGAUACUGACAUGAUCAUCUUACCCUGCCUGUCCAAGCCCGCCCCCAGCGACAAAGCCACCGAAGAAUCCAACCCUAUCUCUCAGAAGCUCAUCACCAACACAGAAAGCGACCUCCAGCUCAGCUACGCCAAGCAGCGCCGCACCAAAAGUUCCAUCUUGCUGCAGAAGGAGUUGGACUCCAGGAGCAAGAAAGCUGUGCGGGGCUACCUCCACCGGGUCAACGAGGCGACAGCAGUCCUCUACGCCAGGCACGUCCUCGCCUUGCUGCUAGCCAAGUGGCCCGACGACGUGGCCAUCAGCGAGGAGAUGCUGGAGCUCAGUGGCCCAGCUCACAUGACUUACAUCCUGGACAUGCUGAUGCAGCUGGAGGAGAAACAGCUGUGGGAAAAGAUUCUCCUGAAAGUGCUGCGUGGCUGCAACGAAAGCAUGCUUGCAACAAUGGCGCUCACAGCCUGUCAGUUUAUGGAGGAGCCUGGGAUGGCCAUCCAAGUGCGCGAAUCCAAACAUCCCUACAACAACAAUACAAACUUUGAGGAUAAGGUUCACAUCCCCGGUGCUAUCUACCUCUCCGUCAAGUUUGAUCCCCAGUGUAACACCGAAGAGGGGUGCGAUGAACUGCUCAUAUCCAGCAGCAGUGACUUGCAGCAUGACCGGCACAGCUUCAGCGGACCCCCACACAAGUGGACCGACUUUGAACUCCCAGGAGAUACACUGUACUAUCGAUUUACAUCCGACAUGAGCAACACUGAAUGGGGCUACAAGUUUACAGUGACGGCCGGUCACCUGGGGAGGUUCCAAACAGGGUUUGAGAUCCUAAAACAGAUGCUGUCAGAGGAAAGGGUGGUCCCUCAUAUUCCACUGGCCAAAGUUUGGGAGUGGCAGGUGGGCGUGGCCUGUCGACAAACGGGCCACCAGCGAUUGAAAGCCAUCCACUUGCUCCUGAAGAUAGUGCAGUGCUGCAGCCAAAGGGACUGCGACCUCACGUUACUGAAGCCACUGUGGGAGCUUUUCACCCGCAUGGAGAACAACAUGCGCGUCGACAUGACAAAGCCGGGAAUCCUCCUCCCACUUCACCGGGCGCUGACCGAACUUUUCUUUGUUACUGAAAACAGAGUCAGUGAACUUGGAACUCUGCAGGAAUACUUGCUUGCCUUAAAUACGGAAGACCAUCUUCACCGCUGUACAGCACAGGCCCUGAAAAACAUUGCUGCUAUUAGCCUUGCCAUUAACUAUCCCAACAAAUUGACAAGUCUCUGGAAUGUUUAAUGAGCAAGACUUGUGGUUUUGGGGAUAGGGUAGUUUUUUGUCCGUAGGAACAGCGCAAGCACCGGAGCUUGUUCCAGGCAUGGGAGAACGGACAAGAGGGAGAGACAGGGUCCUUCUGCUUCCGUGUACAUGCACAACGCAGCCACACACACAACCCACCCGCA